AUGGUUAUUUCGAUUUUACCGUAUCACUACAACGCUGAAAAAGAUUCGGAGGCGGCCGAUAUACACACUGCAAUCAAACUAGCGACUCAGAUUGUGAAUGUUGUGACUUUGAGGACUAUCAACGAGGAGGACAUUAAGAUGCUUAGAAACCUUUUGAGACAAUAUCGUGAACACCUGCAAAAAGCUUGGCCAAACAUCCGUUCCAAGCCAAACUUGCAUUAUGCUCAACAUCUUCGGAUCAAAUCUGGCGUUUUGGCCCGCCGCCAUACACUGCUGCGUACUGUGACGGGAACCAUGCUCAAAGCGCAUACCCAAAAGUCAUUAUUUAAACAUAUUCAAAAGAAUAUGAACCCAACAUGUCGGAAUCAUCUUGGUCUUGAAGACCUGACAGCCUCAACUACAUCAAAAUGGCGAUCUUUCACACCACCCGACCAAAAUUUACCCAUCAUUGUCAACUUUCUACAAGAGCUAGGCCAUGAUCCAAGAGCUCCACUUCCUGCACUCGAAAGUACUUCAUACUGGAAACAUGCCAACAAGAUUUUUUCACCUUUUUCUACUCAUAAGGGAAACAGUUCCAUUCAACUACACAAUCAGCCAAAGUCCCAGCACUUUGAGUAUGGCCUCAUUCAACAUAUCGUCCGCCUGUCCAAAGACCUGACUCAAUUUUUUAUAGUGGACUGCUUUCCAUCACUCAAUGGCACUGAUUGUCUUUUAAAUCCGUAUCAAACACUGCCACAUCUUAAAGCUGAUGUUGUUUAUCGCAGUCCACUAAUCAGAAAAUGUUUCAGUGUUGAUAACAUUUUCGGACACUGUGUUGUAGUCGAAAAUCCAUGUGAUACAUUUGGAAUUUCCCUGGACACAAACAUUGUUGUAGGUUUGCGGAGUAUGGCCAUAAUUGACAUGUCCUCAAGCUACGAAGAAUGUGGCGUCUAG